GCGGUCGGUAAUGUCAGCGGAACAGGACAAGGAGCCCAUCGCGCUGAAGAGAGUUCGAGGCCAAGGGGCAGCCGGGACCCAGACGCUGCACACCCAAGAAUGACCGUGAGCGCACGAGGCUUCCCAGCGGGACCCCUGAACCGGAAAGCGCCCGAAGGGCCGGAAGUGAUGGCAGCUCCGCGAGCCCUGCUUUCCUAGCAACCGAGCCGGCUUCUUAGCGACGGAAGGUGGCUCCCGCGUCCCCGGUCCCGCCAUGCCGGUGCAGGUGAGCGAGUUCUCCUGGCAGCAGACGCCGGCCGCGGUCUUCCUGUCGCUGCCUCUGCGCGGCGUGAGCGUGCGCGACGCCGACGUGUUCUGCGGGGAAAGUUACCUGAAGGUUAACUUUCCUCCAUUUUUAUUUGAGGUGUUUCUUUACGCUCCCAUAGACGAUGGGAGCAGCAGAGCCAAGAUUGGGAAUGACAUGAUUCUCUUUACAUUGUAUAAAAAGGAACCGGUUAUGUGGGAGACCCUCUCUCUGCCAAGUGUUGACAAAGAGAUGAUGCAGAGAAUAAGAGAAAAAUCUAUUCUGCAAGCACAGGAGAAAGCUAAAGAGGCCACAGAAGCAAAAUCUGCUGCCAAGCGGGAGGACCAGAGAUACGCGCUAGGUGUGAUGAUGAAGAUUGAAGAAGAGGAGAGGAAAAAAAUAGAAGAGAUGAAAGAAAAGGAACGGAAAAAGGCAACCAGAGAACUGGAAGCUUGGAAGGAAUCUCAAAGACAAGCUGAAGAGCCAGCCAGAAUCCCAAGGAAAGAGACAUGCCAUCCGGGAAAGCAAGCUGAAGAGAGGGGAGCACUGAAGCCCCCGAGUUUGCCCAGGAAGGCCCCGCCCGCCCGCCUCCCGGAAAGAGGGAGGAACUGGGAAAACAUAUUUUCUGAGAAGUUAAAGGAAGACAGCAUCCCCGCACCCCGCUCUGCUGGCAGUAUUCAAAUCAGCUUCACCCCUCGAGUGUUCCCAACUGCUCUUCGGGAAUCCCAGGUGGCAGAAGAGGAGGAGUGGCUGCAUAAACAAGCUGAGGCUCGGAGAGCCAUGAGCACCGACCUUCCUGAGUUCUGUGACCUGAAGGAAGAAGAGAAGAAUCCAGACUGGCUGAAGGAAAAAGGAAAUAAAUUGUUCGCAACAGAAAACUACCUGGCAGCGGUUGAUGCAUAUAAUUUAGCCAUACGACUGAACAGAAAGAUUCCAUUAUUGUAUCUGAAUCGGGCUGCUUGCCACCUCAAACUGAGGAACUUACACAAGGCCAUUGAGGACUCAUCUAAGGCAAUAGAACUAUUGACACCACCUGUUUCCGACAAUGCCAAUGCAAGAAUGAAGGCCCAUGUCCGACGAGGUACAGCAUUCUGUCAACUAGAAUUAUAUGUUGAAGGCUUGCAAGAUUAUGAAGCUGCACUUAGGAUCGACCCAGCCAACGCAGUUGUACAAAACGAUGCGGAGAAGAUUCGGAAUAUAAUUCAAGGGACAGCGUUGAAGUCUCAUGACUAGAAGUGGCUAGGCACAGGAGUCACUGUAGUGCUCCAUCACCGUGAAGAGCAAAGUGCUUGCAAUCCUUUGGAAAGGCAGUGCCGAAGAACCAUUUCCAGAGCGAGAAUGGCCUGUCUCUCACCACCUUUGAUCCCAGCACUGGGAGGCAGAGGCAGGUGGGCUC